AUGGCCGGAAUGAUGCCUAGCACUCAGUCGAGCAACCCUUACGACGACGACGCCAUGGAGCGCGACCACAUGAUUGAUCCCGAUGAUGCUACUCUCGACGACCUCGAUGACCCCCUUCAGUCCACCUCCGACCGCGCCCCGCUCACCGGCAAUAUCCAAUCGCAAGGGUCGGGCGGCCGCGACACCCAGAACUAUCUGACCUCCUCCAUCCCCGGCGAGGAUCGCCGUGCGCCAACAAACACAAUUGACGAGACCGUGUGGGAGACGCUGUCGAGAGACUUGUUUGCUAUAUGGGAGAAAAUGCGCCAGGUUCUGUGGCCCAAAUACCUGCUGGGCGGCAUGCUUCAACGCGGGGGUGGCAUGGGUGCCGAAGAGCGCGGCGAGGCCGACCAGGCAGGUAUCAGGAACCUCGUGGGUCGCUGGCCGGACGCGGAUGCGGUCCUCCACGGAAGCAUGAGUGAGGGACUGCGCAACUGGGAUCUCUGGGGCCCGUUGAUCUUCUGCCUUCUCUUGAGCUUCUUCCUCUCGCGACCGGCCCGCGACGAGCAGAAGUCGCUUGUCUUCUCGGGUGUCUUUGCUAUGGUCUGGAUCGGCGAGGCCAUGGUCACGUUGCAAAUCAAGCUCUUGGGUGGCAGCAUAUCGUUCCUCCAGUCCGUCUGCAUCAUUGGCUACACCCUCUUUCCACUUGUCAUUGCGUCUAUUCUCAGCGCUGUCGGUAUCCACACGAUAAUCCGUGUACCAGUCUACAUCGCCUUGGUUGCCUGGUCACUCGCCGCAGGCAUCAGUAUUCUUGGUGGAUCCGGAGUGGUGCGCAACCGGGUUGGCAUUGCGGUUUACCCGCUGUUCGUUUUCUACGUGAGCUUGGGUUGCCUGUGCUUCAUUAGCUAG